UAACAGCUAAGAAAUCGGCCAAAAUUCAGGCAAACAAGAGACAAAGUUAGCAGGCAACGCGUCACUACCGCGUGAUCAUUUCGACGCGAAGGCAAUUUGGCCGGUGAUCGAGCGCGUCUCGUGCAGUGAAUGAAGUAGCUUAAUUUGCUAGUCCCCACAAGUACGUGGCACUCUGCCAUGUCUUCUCUUAGUAUAAAUAUAUGGAAGCCAAAGCCAAAGCCAGUCAGUUCAUCAGUUGCAGUUCAGAGUUGCCCACUGCUACUUUACUUUGCAGCUAUUUUGCUUCUGCUUCUUCUUGUUCUUGUUGCUGUUGGUAAUACUGCGAGAGAAAUUAAUCAGUAGAGUGUUCAUCUACUAUCAAUUUUUGAUCGAGGAGAGAUGGCGGGAACGGCGAACUGCAUCGACAUCCUCAUCGCCAUCAUCCUCCCGCCCCUCGGCGUCUUCCUCAAGUUCGGAUGCGGGCAUGAGUUCUGGAUCUGCCUGUUGCUCACCUUCCUCGGCUACAUCCCCGGCAUCAUCUACGCCAUCUACGCCAUCACCAAGUAAUUCAUCAUUAGUUACUACAUCAUCAACCAAAUCCUCAAGGGAUGGGCUCCAAACCGCUUCAUCUAUCUUCUCGAUUGCCGUGUGCUUGUUGGAAUUUGGAAAUGAUAUAUGCAUCCAAAAUUCAGUCCUGAGUGCUCCAAUUCUUGUCAUCUAGUCAUUUUCAAUGUCCCCCCAGUCUCUUCCUCUAAUGUUUGAUGAUAUGUAGAAUCUCUUGCUGUUAAUCUGUUGCUUUCGUGUGAAUAAGCUCCCCUCUUAUGUAUAUCUAUCUAUGACUUGUUUUACUAGUAAACUUGAUUAUUGAGAGCUUGAGACUUGCUUCCCUGUCUGUCUGUAUAUCUUGUUCCAACACUGGAACUGAAUCAAUAAUUGUGCCUGCACUGCUCAA